CUGUAUUGUUUCUAACCCAAAUUAGAGAAUCCAAUCCGUAAAAGUUCCGUCGUAUACAUAUAAACCCUAAUGAAUGUGGCGCCUCCAUUCAUAAACCCGACCCGCCACGCCGCCCGGUUACCGGCGAAAACCGACCCUCCGGCCUCGCUCCUCCGAUAAUUCUUGAUUUACUAAGAUUUUCUUGGUCGAUUUGGUCACAACAUGCGAUGCAAUGCUGAUUACCGAUGUCUUUAUCUGAUGGGAAGUUUUUCAUAUCUUGAAUUGCGUGCAACUGACCGCAAUUUGUUGGUAUUCUUAGCCUUUCCCGGAGCUUAUGACUUGCUGUUAUGAUGGGUUUUCCCCCAUUUCUGAUAUACAUUUGCCAUGUACUCUGUAGCUCUUUUCAGUUGCAGAAAUAUCAACAGAUUUUGUGGUUUUAGCUUGGUUUGUCGAAAUUUAUGUAGUCGUAUAUUUAAUGGUGAUGAUGUCGAAAAUGGGUUUGGGCCGAUUGAGGAUUUUCUCAAUGAAUCGUGGAAAAGUUCAAAGAAUGGGUCCAAUUGGGAGGAGACUGCUUCAUUUUCACCUAAUUCUCGGGGAAAAUUCUCUGCAAGAAAGGUUUUUGUUGAUGAGGUGAGAUGCAAUGCUGAAAGGAUUUUUGAAAUUCUAUCUCAGGAUGGCCCGGGGUAUGAUGUGAAGCCUGUCUUGAACGAUUUAGGUGUGAGGGUUUCAGGCCUUCUUGUGAGGGAAGUUCUUUCUAGUAUCAUAAAGACAAUAAAUCAUGCAAACAAAAAUAGGUGUGCAAAGCUGGGCUACAAGUUUUUCGUGUGGUCUGGUGAACAGGAGAAUUACAGACACACAACAAAUAUUUACAAUUUAAUGAUGGAGAUCUUUGCACAGUGCGAGGAAUUUAAGGCAAUGUGGAGAUUGCUCGAAGAGAUGAUUGAGAAAGGGUACCCUACUACUGCCAGGACAUUCAAUCUACUGGUAUGCACUUGUGGUGGUGCUGGAUUAGCUAGGAAAGUUGUAGAGAGGUUUAUGAAAUCGAAGAAUUUCAACUAUAGGCCAUUUAGACAUUCAUUCAAUGCUAUUUUGCAUUCUCUUUUGACACUGAAUCAGUACAAGUUGAUUGAGUGGGUGUAUCAGCAGAUGUUGGUUAAUGAUCACUCUCCGGAUGUAUUAACCUACAACAUCAUGAUGUGGGCAAAGUUUAGGCUCGGGAAGUUGGAUCACUUUCAUGGAUUUCUUGACGAAAUGGGUAGGAGUGGGUUUUCACCUGAUUUUCACACAUUUAAUAUACUCCUUCACGUCAUUGGCAAGGGUGACAAACCAUUAGCAGCACUGAAGCUCUUAAACCACAUGAAGGAUGUUGGUGUUGAUCCAACUGUGCUCCACUUCACCACAUUAAUUGACGGCCUCAGUCGGGCUGGUAACUUGGAAGCUUGCCGGUAUUUCUUUGAUGAAAUGACAACGCAUGGGUGUGCGCCCGAUGUUGUCUGUUACACUGUCAUGAUAACUGGCUAUGUUGUGGCCGGUCAGUUAGAUAAAGCUCAGGAGAUGUUCUCUGAUAUGAUUAACAAGGGUCAAUUGCCUAAUGUAUUUACCUACAAUUCCAUGAUCCGUGGACUUUGUAUGAACAAGAAAUUUGAGGAAGCUUGGUUGAUGUUAAAAGAAAUGGAAUCAAAGGGCUGUAAUCCCAAUUUCCUUGUAUACACAACCUUAGUAGGUUAUCUUCGCAAUGCAGGCAGGUUGUUUGAAGCUCACCAAGUCAUAAAGCAUAUGAUGGAGAAGGGGAAGUAUACACAUCUGCUGUCAAAAAUUAAAAGAUAUAGGAGAUGCUAAGUAGGUGAAGGGGACCUAUAUUAGGGAGGAUCCUUUGAAAAUUGGUGUUCAAAAUGUUCCGACUUUUGGUGAAUCAAUGUCAAUUGAUCUCGAGCUUUUUCUCAAUCCCUGUAACUUUGUUCCCGGAAAAGGAAAUAUGCAUGCAGAUAAGCUAGUUCAUGCCAAAACUGCGAGUCAAGGAUGUAUGGUCAGUGGUGAUUCUGCUGCUGCUAGUUCUACCACUGUAGUACAGAACUUGAAUGUAGAAGAGCAUAAGCAAAGAGAUUUGGGCUUGGCAAACCGAAGCUGGAAGAACUAUUAAAUACUGUACCUGUCAAGAAAACCUGUGGAAAUGUGUAAAUGAUGCUGAAGUCUGCAAUAUGAUGCCUGUUCAAUCCAUUCCAGUGGGUUCAGAAUCAAAUCAAAAUCUUUCUUGCAUGCCUUUUGGCCCCAAUAUAGUUAUAAUAGUGAAUACCAGAAAUGUCAAUGAAGAUAUGGUAAUUUCCAGGAGAUCUACACACCAGAGGAUUCUUGAAAUGGAGCAACAAGGAGCACAAGUUGUAGAAUGCGAUAUAGGUCUUCCAGUUGAUGUGAUUGUAAGCUCUGAAGUUUGUCUCACUUUGUAUGACUGCAAAAGUAUUGGAAAUAAAGCUUCAGAGCCAGACGAGGCCUUUUCAAGCUUGUGCGUUGAAAAGUGUUGCAGCGAGUAUUUUGAUGUCCUUGAGUUUUGCUUUCAGUUCCUGCAUCCUGGUAAUUACUACUGGAAAUUUGUAGAUUAUAAAAGAUUUGUUGCUGCCUUUUCUUAUUUAUUCUAAUUCUUUGGUCAUUUUUGGUGGUGAGUAUGUGUUGCAAAAGGUGAAUAACAUGUAUUGGACAGGAGUCGCAUUCUUUUAGGAUACUUUUGUAAAGCAAGUUCAACACAUGAGAAAAAUUAUAGUAACAUUAACUUCAUAA